GGUAUAUCUAAAACAUAGUAAUAUCUAUCGUUGGAAAAAAAAAAAAUAACACACUGCGAGAACGUUUAACAACCUAACAAGGAAGAGGAGAGAGAGAUUAAGGAGGUGAUUAAAUUAAACAAGGCAUUCUGCAACAAGCUUCUUCUUAAUUUGUACAAUUUGUCUUUGUUUCCUAAUUGAAACGCUAAUUAUUGAUCCUUAGAAUGGAUUGGUCCCCUAAAUAUGCUGCCAAUGCAUAUAUUGACACCCUCAAGUUGUGUGGUAAACACAAGCAGAUGUGCAAUGCAUGUAGUGGAACACAAGAACCAGAGUGCAACGAGUUCUUAUCAGCCUUAGCAGCGGGCAUGAGCGCCAAGCUAAUAGUCGAAGUCACCACCGAAGGCUCUCCCUCAACCGUGGCCUUAGCCGCAGCAGCACGACAAACAGGAGGGAAACUAGUGUGCAUUAUACCCGAGCCAAAACUCAACGAAACACAAAAUUUAAUUCAAGAAACAGGGCUAAAUGACAUGGUAGAGUUCAAAACAGGCGACCCUGUUGAGGUCUUACACAAUUAUGAGAACAUCGAUUUCUCCCUCGUCGAUUGCAAGACGAAUGAUUACAACAUGUUGAUGGAGAAGCUCGAUGUCAAUCCUAAAAGAUCAGUGGUCGUUACGAAUAAUGUAGAAGGGAGGAAAGGGGUUGGAGGACAUUUGAAGAAAGUUGAGAAUAAAGUAAAGGUAAGGUCACUACAACAUCCCAUUGGUAAAGGUUUAGAAGUUACUAUGAUUGGUAAAAGCACAGAGUUUGGAAAGAAGGAAAGUAGAAGCAGAUCAGGAUGUUAUGCACAUUUAAUAAGAGGAGGAGAGAAAAGAAAUGGACAUGUAGUAAAGAAAGGUGAAAAGAGCAAAUGGAUUUUUGUGCUUGAUGAAAAAAGUGGUGAAGAACAUAUAUAUAGGAUGCCAAAAUCAGGACCUUAAAUCAUUUGUGAAUUCUAAUUACACUGUUCUUUGGAACUUCAAUUGAUUUCUCAUAGAAAUGGGAAUAUUGGUGGAUUUAUGGAUUUCAUAAUUGUUCCCAUAAAAGCUUAUUCAUUGAUAUCCAAGAACUUACAAAUGAAAAAAAGCCAACCAUGUGAUCCUUUAGGGAACAUAAUUUUCCAAAUGAACAGAUGGGAAAUCAAGAGAAGUUUAUUGUAUUUUUCUAAUAUUACCCAUAUCAUUAAAUGACUAUGUAAAGUGUAUAUCAUCAAAUUUAUAUUUCCAAGCAUAAUUCAUAGGUUACUUUAGUAAAAUAUACACAUCGUAUACAUAUACAGUCGAGGAGUAUAUAUAGUGUAUACUUUGAUAUGCUGGUAAACUAGAUGACUGUACCAAAGGGUAUAUUACAUGUGUUCCCCAAAUAAAAAUGUUUAGUUAUUA